UUAUAUUUGAUAAAAGCAAAAAUUAGACGCUAUAUGUUUAAUAUAGGUUGAAGUAUCUCCCAAUGAUACAACUGCUGUGAACAAGAUGUGGGGGAAGGAAAAGAAGUCCCCAGUUCUCAGCACUCUGUUAGGAAAUCAUCCGGGUAACUCGCGGGUUCGCUUUUGGCUGAUCAUCUGUGUGCCAAAAUCAAUCAGGAAACAGAGAAAGUCCAAAAUCAUCACGGCAAAUCUUUCAACGCUCUUGCUUCCAACAACUCGAAGGAUCAAGCAUCAUUUUCUUGCACUACCAUGUCUGUUUGUGGCCAUUGACAAACGAGACUCCUCCAUUGGUCAUCUCCUACAUUUCCACCUCGACUCGUUGCUAUUCCCAUUGUUGUUUAUUGAACAUUUCAAAAAAAGCAGGAGAGCCCCUGUGGCGGGGCGGGCGCGACCGUUGGCGUCGCCCUUCUGCCCUUCAUGUUGGUCCAACGAGGAAUGUUCAAAGCAAAAGCCGUGUCCACGCGACCAAUUCAGUUCGGUUUGCUUCUCGGCUUGACAACCAUGGACCAUUUUUUAUUUGUCUAUUUAUUUGUUUUUCCAAAAGAAAGAACAACCAACCAUCCACGGUCAACAGAGCUACAGGCCACACCAAAUCAUUUGUCACAGCUACCAUAUCAUAGCCCUGGGGGGUAAUGCGAGCCGGGAGGAAGAACGGGAGAGAAGAAGAAAAGCCAUGGGGAAGCUGAAGCCCUCUUGCUCUACUGCUCUGCUCCUCUUCUCCUUUCUUCUUUACUGCUUCCCCUCCUCCCAAGCGCAGCAAGAUUACGAGAACAACCAACAAGCGGCCUGCUAUGCCACCAACGGCUCCUCCACCCUAGGCUACUCCUGCAACGGGCAGCGCAACUCCUGCUCCACCUUCCUCACCUUCCGAUCCCAGACCUCGUACCAGUCCCCCUACCAAAUCGCCAACCUCCUCAACGUCGACGCCUCCAACAUCUCCACCAUCAACGGCGUCGCCAACAUCUCCUCCCCGAUCACCAUCUUCGACCUCGUCCUCGUCCCCGUCGCCUGCUCGUGCUCCGGCGAGUACUACCAGCACAACGCCUCCUAUACUGUCAAAUACAACGACAUCUACUUCAGCGUUGCCAACAACACCUACCAGGGCCUCUCCACAUGCCAGGCCCUCGCGGCCCAGAACCCCUACGACAGCCGGAACCUCGCCGUCGGCGAGAAGCUGGUCAUCCCCCUGCGCUGCGCCUGCCCCACCGCCAACCAGACCGCCAGCGGCUUCAAGUACUUGCUCACCUACUUGGUCGCCACCGACGACGGCCUUGACGCGAUAGCCCAGAGGUUUCGCACCGACUCCCAGUCGAUCAUGGACGCGAAUAGCUUGUCAUCCAGCUCCGUCAUCUAUCCUUUCACCACGCUUCUGGUGCCCCUCAAGACCGAGCCCUCCAAGGAGGACCUCGUGAACCCACCUCCGCCGCCUUCCCCGCCUCCGCCGCCUUCCCCCGCCGCGACCAGCGACAAAGGCAGCUCUAACAAGAAAUGGAUAGGUAUCGGAAUCGGAAUUGGUGUCGGUGUUUUAGCCAUUUGUGGAGUUCUAAUUUGGUUCUUGUGCUGGCGCCGCCCGGAACGCAAGCCAAUUCCUCAAGCUCCUAAAAUCGCCGAGUCGCCGUCGGAUGCUUUGGUUUCUAGCGAGAUCCGUAGCGUUAUCGGGUCGCUGUCGUUGUAUAAGUUCCGAGAAUUGGAGAGGGCCACCGGGUCUUUCGGGGAAGAUCACAGGAUCAAAGGAUCCGUUUACCGGGCUGUCAUCAACGGGGACAAUGCAGCGGUGAAGAGGCUGAAAGGUGAUGUGUCGAACGAGAUCGAUAUAUUGAAGCAUGCCAAUCACUCCAACGUGAUCAGGCUGUCCGGCUUCUGCCUCCACGAAGGGAACACCUACCUUGUCUAUGAGUUCGCCGAGAGGGGAUCUCUCAGCGACUGGCUUCAUCACAAGAAGGAUAGGAGUGGUUCGAGUCAUCUUGGCUGGCGGCAGAGAGUUCAGAUUGCUCGUGAUGUCGCUGAUGGGCUCAAUUAUCUGCACAAUUACACGAACCCGCCGUAUGUCCACAAGAACUUGAAGAGCAGCAACAUCCUCCUUGUCAGGGAGUUCAGAGCAAAGCUCUCCAACUUUGGCCUGGCCAGACCGGUGGAGGAUCGGGAAGGCCCGCAUCUCACGAGGCAUGUUGUUGGUACUCCGGGAUACCUGGCGCCAGAGUAUCUAGAGCAUGGGCUCAUUACCCCUAAGAUGGAUGUUUUCGCAUUCGGAGUGGUCGUGUUGGAGUUGCUAUCAGGUAAGGGUGCUACCUUCGCCACGGAAGGUGAUGAGACAAAGGAAGUGCUGCUGUGGUCGUCGAUAGGAGAAGUUCUCAGCGGAGAAGACGCGAGGAGUAAGUUGAGGAGUUUUGUGGAUCCUUAUCUACAGAAUGACUAUCCCUUUGAUCUAGCAUUUGCUAUGGCUGAAUUGGCAUGGCGCUGUGUAGAACGCGAGCCUGCAUCUCGCCCAACGAUGACUGAGGUCUUUCUGUCCCUGGCAGCAAUUUAUAAUUCUACUUUGGAUUGUAAUCCAUCAGACUUGACAAACUCUGGCUCAACAACGAAUGGAAGGUAACCAGGUAUCAGAUUCACUCUUGCCGAACAUUAGAGAUUAUGGAAGUAAGUCUGUAUAGAACAAUAUUCUAAAAUAAAAUUUGAUGCAAGCAUACUCUUGAUCUCACAUUUAAGCUAUAUAUAUAUAUAUAUAUGUUCUAGUUUGUAACAGGUAGGUUUAAAUUUGGCUUUGCGACAGCCAUACUCUUCAAAGGUCUAUCAUCUAUAUAUGUGUAACACCUGGAUAAUUUCUUGAAAGAAAUUUUUGUUGUUUUAACAUCAAAGUGAUCUCUAUUUGACUGAUCUUUU